GAUAGUCUAUCACCGAAGAGUAAGAGUUGUUUGAGGAUUAUGCAGCUAAAUUGUCUCUGAUAAAAACCAUCAAAAGAGACUAAAUCAAAAGUAACGAGUUUUCACUUUUUUUGGGAGUUAUCUUCAGUAUUAAUUUACAUUUCUAGAAGAAUGGAAGCGAAGGCGGAGGGUAGAGCAAUGUAGUUUUUGAUUUUCUUUCAGUCUCAUCUGAACAAGAGGUGUUUGUACCUACUACUGAGAACGAUACUAAGAUAGAAACGUGAGAAGAAAGCUUUUCUUCGAGUUUUCCUUUUUGAAAAUAUUCAAUAAUAUCGGAAAAUCUUUUUGAGAGAUAUCUUAUGAUGAACUACAGGCUGUUUUCCAGAUCCAGUGUAAAGCCGUUGCUUCUUUGCGUCAAGCCUAGGUCGUCUGAGACGCAUUGUGACCACUGAGACAGGCUAUCAUUGAAACUGAGACGCAUGCAUCGCGCUAGCUGCUGGCAUGUUGAUUUGUGACCAAUAUGAUGAAAAUAGAGUUAGCGUCAGUGGCCAAUGAUGGUGUGGAGGGUACGAGAGCCCCCCAGAAGACGAGGGUAGCGCGACGUCGCCGACAGAAUAGAAUAGAGGGGCAGCUCGUACUUCUUUGCUGGGUCAUUUGA